UGUGGUCACAGACUUUUUUUCGUAUUCGACUUGAGAAAUAGGCGAAAUUUUACAUAAUUUUUUACAUAAAAUGCUAGUUUUUAUGGAAGUAUAAUAUUAUAUUUUUAAUAAAAUGAAAUUUGAAAACCAUAAAAUUUAAUGAACGUUUACGUUCAAAUAAUAUUUAAUUGUUUCAAUUUUGUUACCGCGGGAAAACGGCGAUAGGUUUGACUACUAUAAUGGCCGCAAUAGCGCCAAUGCUUUUGGUGUUUGUUCGUAAAAUAUGAAUUCUGAUAUCAAAAUAAGGUGGUUACAUCCUGCCUCCUAUAUUAAAACGCAGGUUUAAAAUGGAUAUUAACGCUGAGGUCUCAAGGCAGUUGUCUCUGAUCGAUGCCCUCCUGAGCGAUUUUGACAAAACAAUUACACCAUGCGCUAACAAAAAGAAUGAGAAAAAAGAGGAAGAAACACAGGAUGCCAUGCCAGACUCUACAACCAACACGGAAAAGAAUAACGGAAACCCUUUCCACUGUGGUGAUGAUGUACUGGUGCCCAACAAGGAUGGAAAAUACUACUUAGGGACUAUAGUAGAGCUGAGCACCAGCAAUGACAACGACUCGUGCGAGGUGGGCGCGGGCGAGGCGCGCUGCCUGGUCAAGUUCGGCGACGGCACGCACGCGUGGGCGGCGGUGGCGACGCUCAAGCUGCUCAGCGCGCCGCCGCCCGACGACGGGCGCAUCAUGUGCGUGGUGUGCAAGCGGCGCGAGGGGCCGGCCGCCGGGCCCGCCGCCAACGCCAUCGUGGCCUGCGACAUGUGCGGCCGCGGCUACCACGCCAAGUGCCACACGCCGCCCGUCGACGCCUGGAUCACGGGAGCGUCGUGGCACUGCAAGCGAUGCGUGGACCAGCGGUACCGCGUGGCUGCGGCCGAGAACCGCGCACUGAAGCGGACGGACCUGUUCCGGUUCAAGGGCGGCCAGCAGAGGCGGCAGCAGCAAGAACUCACGGCGCCGUGUGACACUGCUUCCACGACGUCGUCUACCGCAUCAGAGGCUGGCAAGGACCACGAGGCGCACUGCUACUGUGGCGAGAAGAGUGAUUGGCUAGCACAAAUGUUACUAUGCUGUCGAUGCUCCCGCUGGUUUCACCAAAGAUGCGUGUCGAGUUUGCAGUAUCCACUCUACGCAGGGGAUAAGUUGUAUAUAUUCGCGUGCGCCAACUGCAACGGCGGCGUGGAGUACCUGCGCCGGCUGGAGCUGUGCUGGCUGGAGCUGGCGCACCUGGCGCUGUUCAACCUCACGGCGUACAACGCACCCAACUACUUCGACUUCGACACCGUCAUCAUGCCCUACAUCAUGGACAACUGGCACGCGCUGCAGCUCCCCGAGAAGAUGUGGCGGACGCCCGUGAACGAGCGUCGCGAGAAGAUCCUCACGGCGCUGACGUCGUCGCGGAAGCGCUUCAAGUGCGGCCGCGAGAUGAAGAAGCGCGCCACCAUCUGGGGGCUGCGGCUGCGCAGGCCUCCGCCCCCGCCGCUGCAGCUGUCCGCCCUCGAGCAGCUAAAAGAAGGAGAGCCCCUGACUGACAAGCUGGUGAGAGAGUACGCGCCGCGGCUGCGCUUUCUGUCCAGAGCGCCUUCACCACACGUUGACGUUUCACCUGACGAUAGUUCACAACCUUCGAGUAGUAACAACGACAAAAGUUCCUAUAAGAGUAAUAAUCAAAGGAUGAUAGUUCCAGUAGACGGCCACUGGCUCAAUCUGAUGAUGGGGAAACGGUUCCACGAGAACUUGAACUCCAACUCCAACUCCGAAAAUGAUUCAGCCAGCUCCUACGAAUCGGCCAAAAUCGACGAGCAACCCUCACCCACCUGCACUUCCACCGCUAGGAAAUCCGAUGCCAAAGAUGAUAUAGAGAAAGUGACUGAAGUUAAUGAAAACGAAUGCAAUGAAGCUAAAUCCACCUGCGAGGAUAUACCCUCCCUCCUCCCUUGUUCGGUCAAACUGGACAAGAUCCCCAAAGACACCGAAGACAUCUCGAGCAACAACGUCACAUGUAAUCUAAAUAUCACCACCUCGAGGAUAGCCACAAUGAAUCUCGAAGUAUCCAAAUUAUCAACCAAAAACAUUAUAGAACAUUCCAAAAUAAUGUCUCUCCAACACAUGGACAGUUUACCACCGUACAGUUUCACACCGGAGCUCGAGUCGUCGGGAGACGAAACCUCGAGUAGAGGCACUUUAGAUGCUAUAAUACCGCCGCUUAAAGAUUUCCAAGGGAAAAACAACCCGUUUUUAAUGAACACAUAUCCAUCGAAAACACCGUUUUCGUCAAAUAUGAAUCUGUACAAUAAACAGAAUGGGCGCAGUCAGUACCAUUCUCGGUUCUCGUUGCCCAACCAUCCGCCUCUCUUGGGCCCCACGAUUAGACCUUUGAAAAGGAAGUUGAGCGAAAAAGAUAUCGUGAUCGGUCCAAAUGGCGAAGUGAAGAGACGGAAGUAUAGACGGCCGCGGAAACACCUACAGUUGCAGCUGAACAAAUCCUGCCCACUGCCCGACGACGCUGCAAAGUCGGCGCAGACGCCGACUGAAAACGGCGACGUGACUCCUCCCGCCGCGCACAACAUGAAUAACGUAAAAUUUCACGGCAGGAGAUUAAGACAGAGGCCGGAGAAAAAUUACUACGAGAAUGCGCGAAGGAAUACCAACAACACGGCGAAUAGUAACAACAGCGUGAAGAGUUUGCAGUUGAGCCCGCACAAGGCCAGCAGCGGCGCCACUGAAGUCGACGCGCGGCAGCUGUCAGCGUUGAAGUCCAGCGUGCAGUCGUACUUCAGAGCGGGACAGACGUACCGUGUUCUCGCGCGGAGAGUCGCGCCGGGACACUCCCCAGCCUACCUCAUAGAGUGGGACUCCGCUUCGUAGUGCGAGGCGAACAAGAAUUUAUUUAAUUAUACAUAUUAAUGUAAUUUUUUUUUAAUAUAUAAGUGCUUGUCUGUAGCCUAAUUUAGUUGUACAGUAAGUUGAAGGAAUGUGAUAUAUUAUUAUUCCAA